UUGGCUCAUGUUGCGGUGUAAUUUACGGCCGUUACCCUAACCUAGAAAUGUCACGGGGGAAAUAAUAGGUUGGCAGCACCAUAACUUGACCGAAUGGCUUCCUAUUUCAGUGCAGUGAACGGUGCCAAUAGUGAGGGAUGUCGUUCUACGAACGAUGAUGUUUGGAGUGAUUUGUGCGCAUGGAACGUGACCAAUAGCCAUUGUUUACAAUAAUCGCUGGACUAUAAUAAGGAUGGAUGUUGACGCGGGAAAAUUCUAACUUUUAUUUAUUUCAGUGAUUUUUUUUUCUCUUCCUUACGAUAUUCUCAUUAAAGUAAUUAAUGGGUGAAGGCAACAAUGGCCGAUAAGAAUGCCGGAAGUUCCCUUUCCUGAAAUGAAACGUCCGGCCUAGGCCUAUGCCCUUUCCAAGAUGAUCCUCGAGGGAGAGAGUUGGAGGAGGAGCUGGAGGUCGAGAGCCGUCCUUACCCUUGGAGCCAGUUUCUUCGUCGCCUUGAUGCUGAUCUUCUCCUUGCAGGAUUCCAUCUUGAGAAUCGGACACCCAAGCAAAAUAAAGACAGAAGAUCCAAAGUCUUUUCCCGCGUGCGCAGAACUGAGAGGGUACUGCGCGGACGAGUCAAUAAGAGAAGAUUGUAUACAACCUCUUGGAGGAGUCGACUGCGGCGUCAAACGCUUCUGCUGCCUCAGAUGGAGAAGGUCAGAAAGGGUUAAAGGAGAUAGUGGGAGACGCGAGAAAAGGUCACGGGAGAAUGAGUUUGACAUGCAAGAUGCAAAACAGUCUUCAGUAAACGAAAAAAGAUCAAAUAUAACGAAAAAUACUAUGACUGAAAGGAAACGGAACAGAGUGUCGGGUGAUGGUAAAGCCACAGGUGAGAGAUUCGUGGAAGUCAAGCACUCGGAGAAGAAGAAGAAUCGUUUACAAAACAAGAACGCGAUUAGAAGAAGAAAAGUUGCGACAAAAACAAGGAAAAGGAAGAAAAAGAAAAGGCGGAAAGAGAAAGAAGGGUCAAGGAAGAAAGUUACGAAGAAAGUAACAAAGAAAGAACAAGGAGAAAAGAAAUCAAAACAAAAGAAAGAUCAUCUCAAGACAGAGAAGAAAGCUCGCAAAAUUCACCUGAAGGAAACCAAUAAGAAGAAGAAAGGCGGGAAAGUGAUGACAGUUGGCUUUGAGUCUAAACCUAAAAAGAAAACCAAGAAUAAAGGCGGGACAGUGAUGACUGUAGGUUUCGAGGUAAGACCUAAAAACAAAGCCAAGAAAAAGAAAAAGAAGGGAAAAUGCGUCAAAACAACCCCUGAAUGCAGGAGAGCUGGAGGGAAAUGUCGCAGUUCUAAAUCCAAAUGUUCCACGAAGGCCAUUGGCGGGAAAUGCCUCACCAAAGAUUGCGUUUGCUGCCUCCAAGCCUGUACAUUAUCAGCCAAGAAAAAAUGCCGACUGAAAGGCGGGACCUGUAAGGAAAAAUGCUCCGCUGGUGAAAGCCUCGUUCAAAACGGGUGCAAGGGCGCCAAGUGCAAGUGUUGCAGACCGAAGCCUUGCAAGGCGAAGAAGUCGUGUCUCAAGAAAGGUGGAGUUUGCGUCGGCAAAGGAGAAGAAUGUACAUCUGGCAACAUUAUUCAAAAGGGAUGCCGAGGAAACGGUUGCUUCUGCUGCGUCCAGUCGAGCUGCCAGUCUUCGACGAAGACCAAAAAGUGCCAACGACUCGGAGGCUCCUGCAAAGAGAGUUGCGCGCCCACGGAGAGAAUCGUCAAGAACGCCUGCGAGGGUGGAGAUUGCAAAUGUUGCAGCCCCGGGCGUUGCCAGGCGAAGAGGUCGUGCAGAGAGAAGGGCGGCUACUGCGUCGCACAGGUGGAGGACUGUCUUCGCGGGAACGUCACUAGACGCGGGUGUCGAGGGAAAGGCUGUUUCUGCUGUUUUGCUGUUGAUGUUAAUGGAAGCUGUGAAAAUGAUCUACGCCCGGCCAUGCCCUUGCUAGCUGGACAACUGAACAAGAGCUCUGAGGUACUAGACUCUCUGGCGACCCGCCUCUUGUCUCUUCUCAAAACCUCGGAGAAUAUAUCCGAAUCAGUCGGCAGAAACCUUGUCAAGGAACUGCUGCAUCUGGAGGUACUGGUUAAUCGAACAGCAAAACUUGCCUCGUCUUUGCUACGGCUCUACAGAGGCUACAGAAAUGAAAGCGACUGUCCUCUUCAGCAGGUGUCAAAGCUUCACGCAGAACUGCAGUCAAAUUACCAGAGGCUAUCGCUACUGGAAGGCCAGUUGUGGCAGCAAACCCCGAUAAACAUCACGUUCUCUAUCAACAAUAUAGUGGGUAUCAUCAAAAACAUUUCCUUGUACCUGAGACCUAUUUUAACCAUAUACGUGGAAGUCUCGGUUCAAGUUAUUGUCUACGUCACGCCCACAAAGGUGGCUGCUAUUACGUCGCCUUCAUCCUCAGCGCUAACUUCAACUUUACCAGAAGAAGAAGAAACAAACUCAGAGGCUAAAACAUCCCCAAGUACAAGUAUAAUUACGCUAACGACUUCUAGUAUAGAUAGAGAAGUAUCAUCACUUGAAACAAACAAAAACUUUACAGGUUCUGUUGAAAAUUCUCCCACAGUCACAACAGGAAACACUACCAAUAGACCUAAAACCACAGCAAGCUCUACAUUUGCUGUACCAGUCAAUAAUAUCAAUGAAUCUACUACAAAUGGCAUUGCAUCAGACUCGCCAAAGAACAUGAGCACCACAAUAUCAUUCAUGGAAACCAAGACAAAUCUACCUACUACUUUACAUGUAAGUAAACACAGCAUGAUAUCUCCCAAUGAAAUUCCAGUAACUACCGAACGAUCGCCAUCACAAACAUAUGUUGAUACAAAGCACAGUAGCUCCACUCAAAGUAGAACAGAAAUACAUCCUACACACACUACUUCUAAGAACUCUAAUACUCAUGAAAUACAAUUCUCUACAGACAUAACCUCUACAAGCAGCAACUUCAUUAGGACUAAUACCAGUAAAGUGACACUCACUGAAGAUUCUAGUUUUUCAUACACAAUAGGUGAAACAACGCUUGAUAUGAGGGAACCCAGUCGUGCAUCUUCCUUCCACAUUACCACAAUAAAAACCACAGAGGAAACAGUGCCAGUUUCCCCAUCCCAAAAUGGUAAAACUGAUAUGACAGAUAGUAUGAGUGUUACCACAAGGGACGCUAAUAAUGAAAAGGUACCCUCUUCGGGUAGUAUUGAUUCUGGCACUUCUAUUGCAAAUAGAACAGCUCCUAGUCUGAACACUAAAACUUCAGUCCUAGGAACCCACUCUUUAACUGCACCACUUAUGAAUGCCAACACUACUGCGUUCACACUAGAAAUGACAACUCCAUCUCUUAACCUCGGUGAAGCAUUUCCAGCAUCAAACAUUUCCAGCACUUCAACACCUUCAGUAGGCUAUAACAGCUCUCCAUCCACAAAUUAUACAGCUGAACUCAGCAGCAGAACUUCAGCUGAUACAGACAGAUUCAGCAGCACCACAGAAAGUGGAAGUAUGAAAUCCACUAAACACAAUAACACAGAAACAUUUCAGCUACUUAAUAAUAAUACUACUUUAACAUCUGGGAUGUUCUCCAAAAAUGCAGAAACUACAGAGAACUUGUCUAGUGCUGCAAGCCUUUCACCUGUAUCGCUGACUAAUGACACAACAGACCCAUCUAAAGCAGACGAAACGAAAAGUUCUGUUAGCAGCACAUAUAUAACACCAGGUAACACAUUAAUGUCCCCAACAAGAUCUCCAGCUGAUGAAAAUGUUACAGUCAAUACUGAUUUAGCAUUUACAAAUCAGUUACCCUCUACUGGCGAUUCAACAUAUAAGACUACUUUAGUAACUAAAAUUCAGUCUCCAUCCACAUACAACACAACAUUCAAGAACACUUUAGUGACCAAAGCUCAGUCAACAUCCACAGACAACAUAACAUUUAACAACAGCAGCUUUGUAUCUACAACUCAAACAAGCUAUGCUGAUAAAACAAUAUCAAGAAACUUAUUUUCACUUACGUCAGCAUCUAUUAACAGCAGACCAAUAAGCAACACUUCUGUAUUUGCGGGAAGAGUAUCCUCUACAACAAGUAACUCAUCUUUAUACACAACUGGUUUCUCAUCCACUGAUUAUAUUCAGUUCAACACUACAUCUUUGCCUUUGAAUACUACAUCUUUCCCUUUCAACACUACAUCUUUGUUUUUAAACACUACAUAUUUGCCUUUAAACACUUCAUCUUUGCCUGUCAACACUACAUCUUUGCCUUUCAACACUACAUCCUUGUCUUUAAACACUACAUCUUUGCCUUUCAAUUCUACAUCCUUGUCUUUAAAACACUACAUCUUUGCCUUUCAGUACUACAGCUCUGCCUUUAAACACUACAUCCUUGUCUUUAAAAACUACAUCUUUGCCUUUCAGUACUACAGCUCUGCCUUUAAACACUACAUCCUUGUCUUUAAACGCUACAGCUUUGCUUUUAAACACUACAUCCUUGUCUUUAAACACUACAUAUUUGCCUGUCAACACUACGACUUUGUUUUUAAACACAUCUUUGCCUUUAAAUACUACAUCUUUGCCUUUCAAUUCUACAUCUUUGUCUUUCAGUGCUACAACUUUGCCUUUAAACACUAUAUCCUUGUCUUUAAACACUACAUUUUUGCCUUUCAAUGCUACAUCUUUGCAUUUCAACACUACAUCUUUGCCUGUCAACACUACAUCUUUGCCUUUAAACACUACAUCUUUGCUUUUUAACACGACAUCUUUGCCUUUCAACGCUACAUCUUUGCUUUUAAACACUACAUCUUUGCCUUUAAACACUACUUCUUUGCCUUUCAACACCACAUCUCUGCCUUUCAACACUACAUCUUUGCCUUUAAACAUUACAUCUUUGCCUUUCAAUACUGCCUCUCUGCCUACAACAGGAAACUUAUUAAGCUUAAGCAGUGAGAAAACACUCACGAGCACACCCAAUACUACAACCGGAAUAUCAUUGGUGACCCCAACAAACUUCGGAAAUACUACAUCACCACCUCUUACAAGUUUCAGUAACAAAUCCUCUUUAGCAACAAGUACUGCUGCUGUUACAAACAACAUUAGCAGUAACAACUCUGUAUCAGAAGGUAGGACUAUGACAUCUACUUAUCUCCCAUUUGGGAAUUACUCAUCUUUCUCAGGAACUAAGUCACCAGCCAAUGUUACCACAUUUAGCAGAACUUCCACACCAGCAAAAAGCUCAACAGACUUUGUUAAUUCGUCAGUGAGCAACGCCACAGUAACUUCAUUGCCAACGGUAGAAACUUCAGCCGGAAAUAACGCGUCUCACAGCACCCCACAUGAAAAGACAUCUAAUGUUACUAUAGUCAGCGCAGCUUCCUCACCAACAAACAGUUCAACAAACAUUGAUAAUUCAUCUAUUAGUACAGCCUCACCAACACAUACACCAACCAAAAAUAAUUCAUCAUUUUCCACAUCGUAUUUGAGCAUAACAGCUGACACCGCGAACAACACUCAGGCCUCACUGACACCAUUCACAAAUGAAAGCCUUACAUCAACUGGAACACAUGCAUUAGCCAUAAGCAACACAACUGCCCAAGGCGUCAGCUCUCCGUCAGCAAUGGUAUUUAAUGGAAGCGCAAGUACCGUUACAUCUCUUGCAACCUCAGUGAACAAAAA